AUGGAACGUGUUCGCAAAGCACUUGGCCGUCAACACUCAUCCACAUCAACAUCAGAAUAUGAGCCUUUGACCGGUACUGAGGAAGCCACUCCUCUAGAAGGCUCAACAGUACUCGAGGGCCAACAUGAGUUGCCGUUCUCGUGGAUAGAGUAUGGUAUCUUUGCACUUCUAGGUGUCGCUAUGCUCUGGGCUUGGAACAUGUUCCUUGCCGCAGCUCCAUACUUCACAGCUCGCUUUGCCGGCGAUGCUUGGAUUCAGUCUCACUUUCAGUCUGCGAUAUUGACUGUCUCUACUGUUACCAACCUCGGCGCGAUGCUUGUUCUCACUAGUAUACAGUACUCGGCAUCGUACCCUUUUCGGAUCAACCUGGCACUUGCUAUCAAUGUUUUCACUUUCAGUCUCCUGACUGCUUCUACAGUCAUCGGACUAAGCGCUUCACCGACUCUUUAUCUCGCGUUUCUGCUCACUACAGUCGCUGCUGCUGCCUGGGCAGCUGGUCUCAUUCAGAAUGGAGCCUUUGCGUUCGCAGCCAGUUUUGGACGCCCAGAAUAUAUGCAAGCCAUCAUGGCUGGGCAGGGCAUUGCGGGCGUCCUCCCCCCGAUCGCGCAAGUUUUUACUGUGCUCGUCUUCCCCCCCGAGAAGGACCAGAACACUUCCAUCAAAGAGCCAUCCCCUGAAGAUGGACAAACAUCAGCUUUCGUCUAUUUCCUCACCGCCGUAGUCGUGUCAGUUGCUGCUCUGCUGUCCUUCGUCCCGUUGGUUCGCCGCCAUAACCAUAUCAUUGAGAACCGCAUGGUUGAGCAAAUGAACGAGUCCAUGCACAGCAUCGAAGAGGCCGAACGUGCCGCUCGCAAGGUCACAUCCCUUUGGAGGCUCUUCACUAAACUUCACUGGCUUGCCAUUGGUGUGGCACUCACUUUCAUUGCAACAAUGUUCAUGCCCGUUUUCACUGCCAAGAUCCAUUCCGUGAAAGAAAAUUCCGGUGCUCUCUACCAGCCUUCCGCCUUUAUUCCUCUUGGAUUCUUCUUUUGGAAUUUGGGUGACUUGAGUGGUCGUGUGGCCACGAUAUUACCUUUCUCCCUACGGCACCGUCCCUUUGCUCUCUUUGUUCUCUCUAUUAUCCGUUUCGGUAUACUCCCGCUAUACUUGCUUUGUAAUAUUGACGGACGUGGUGCCAUUGUUUCCAGCGAUUUCUUUUAUCUCUUCAUUGUUCAGUUGACAUUUGGUCUUACCAACGGCUGGCUUGGUUCUAGUUUCAUGAUGGCAUCUGGUGAGUGGGUAGAUGAAGGUGAGCGUGAAGCUGCUGGCGGCUUCAUGGGGUUGUGUCUUGUGGCUGGGUUGUCCAUUGGCAGCCUUUUGAGUUUUAGCGUAGCAGGUGUCUAG